CCAGCCGAACGUCACGGCAUUGGUCGCUCCUGCCGGCGUUGCCGCCUCUUCCUGCGGCCUUGCUGACAGAGCUGUAUUCCCAGUCUCAUGCCGGUGGACACCAAACGGGUGCGCGGCCCAGAUGAAACGCAAUCUCCGCUGCUGUUCGUACGGUUGGAUGCAGAACCGAAACCCAAGCCCUUGCUGCCGCGGGCGGACGGGCGUUCCGCCGCCGAGCCGAGGCCCGUGUUCGCCCGGGCUGGGCUGGUGAGCCAGGCGGACGGCUCGGUGUACGCCGAGUGCGGCCGGAGCAAGGUGCUGUGCGCUGUGUACGGGCCCCGCGAGAUCGAGCGCAAAGAGGAGCGACGUCUGAGCGGCGCCGCCCUGGGCUGCGAGUUCAGAUUUGCCCCUUUCUCCUGCAAGAAAAGAGCUGCUUGGAUUCAGGGCAACCUGGAGAAGGAGUACUCGUCGAUCAUGGAGCAGAGUUUGCAGCCUGCUGUCUGCCUCCAUAAGUAUCCCAGGUCCCAGAUUGACGUGUAUGUUAUGGUUCUGGAGAAUGAUGGCUCCACCCUGGCAGCUGCACUGACCUGUGCCUCCAUGGCACUGGCAGAAGCAGGCAUUGAGAUGUUUGACGUUGUUGUGGGCUGCUCCUUAAGGCAGUGUGGUGCUACCUCCCUCUUAGACCCGACUGCGCUUGAGGAGUUCAACGCAGCCAGCUCCAAAGGUGUGGAUAACGGCAGCAUAACUGUAGCACUGCUACCCACUCUUAACCAGAUCUCAGGGCUUGUGUCAAAAGGAGAGUGGGAGGAACAGACGUCAGUGGAAGCGAUCAAAGCUUGUGUCGAAGGUUGCCAGAAACUCUACUCCGUGGUCCAGCAGUGUCUAACCAGAUCAGUGAAGAGGAAGAUCCCUGAGUUUGUCAGUAAAGCAUAGAUGACCAUUUAAUCAAGGACAUUCCAGUUAAUACUUUUGUUAACGUGACAUUUAUAAGUUUUUGUACCAGUCUUUGCUAAAUUGAAAUGAUUCAAGUUAUAAAAUAUACCUCGUUAAUAUCAUUAA